AUGGCAUCUAUUAGUACGAAGCCAGCCCUUGUAACCCUCAGAGGUCUUCUAUCUGAACUACGAAAACAGAGUUCUACUAAGAAGCUUGCGGAUAACCAAAUGGUUCAAUACAUCUUUGGUCAGUACCGUAUGUACCAGAGUACUGACCAGCAACUGUGCAAAGCUAUAGAUGAGAUGCACUUCAAGGCAAAAACUUACCAUACCUACCUACGUGAGGGACGCAUGUACAAGGAACUAAAUGAAGAGUUUAAGGGAAAGGGUGAGCGAAGUGUGGAGGAGACCGCAAGGAUGGUGGGAUUCAAGCUGCCGCAUGACCCCAAACCUUAAAACCCAAUACAAACUGUGGAUUAAUGUACAAGUAAACUUUAUUUAAGUGUAGCUUAAAUGUAAAUAAAAUGUUUCUGUAGAUAAAACUGUUGUUUGUUUUAUAAAUAUGAUUGCUGUAAAUAUACAUUUUAUAUUCUUAGGUAUUGGUUAGUUUACAAUUUGUUAACAUAAUUUACAUAUCCAUGCACACCUACAUAAUGUUAAAAUUAAGUUGGCACAUGAUAUUCACAUCAAAUACACAUUAUCCUUUAC